UUCGCCGCCGAUCUACAAUUUGCUGAAGGAGCAAAGAACAUCCUCGGCUCUAAGUAGGGCUUUUAGUGUGCUCAUUGAUGAGUGAAAGUCGCCACACAUGUCAAGCUAAAGGCAGUUGUUGGGUUACUAACAGGACCCAGCGCCUUGCAAACAUAUGCGCUAAGCUGUGUAUACAGAUGGCAGGCAGAAUAAUGGAGCAGGCGCCUUUUAUAAAGCUCUAGCUGCUGCCUGUCUUCAGACCUGGGAAAUGAAACUAUUCAGACUCGCGGCCAGAUAGCGCCUGCGAUUGUUUGUUACCGUUUUAAUCCUAUUAAUUAAAACGUUAACCUGAUUGGGUAGAAAGCGCUGUCCCAACAGGCGAGUCUUCUUCAUAAUAACCUACUCAGAGAUAAUGAUGUAAAAGACUCCCCCGUCUGUGGCGGCGGCUGGUUGAUGGGUCCGGAAAUCUCUUGAAGGUGAAUCCAAGCAAGAUAAACGGUGCGGAGAGGAGGCGCGGGGCUGGGCUCAGAGCGGCGGCGGCGGCGGCGGCGGCGGCGGCUCCACUCCCUCCGCGCCCACCCUCCCACCAUGCGGGGCCGCGGCCCAUGGUGAGCCCCAGCAGCCAGCACCAUCGGCUGGAGACGAAGAAGAAGAAGAAGAGGAGGCGGCGAGCGCGGGGGAAGGCGAAAAAGAAAAAGAAAGAAGGGGAGAGGGCUGCCGGCAGCACCAGGACCGACGCGCGCACCAGCUCCGGAGCCCAGCUCGCGCGCGUCUGUGGGGCCGCCUGACUCCGGGGCCGAGGCGGCGGCGGCGGCAGCGGGCGCGGCGGCCCGGGCUGCGCGCCGGCGCGGGACCAUGGAGCGCGGGAUGCACCUCGGUGCAGCGGCCGCCGGCGAGGACGACCUCUUCCUGCACAAGAGCCUGAGCGCCUCCACCGCUAAGCGCUUGGAAGCGGCUUUCCGCUCCACGCCCCCGGGCAUGGACCUGUCCCUGGCGCCGCCGCCUCGGGAACGCCCGGCGUCCUCCUCCUCAUCGCCCCUGGGCUGCUUCGAGCCGGCUGACCCCGAGGGGGCAGGGCUGCUGUUACCGCCGCCUGGAGGAGGCGGCGGCGGCGGCGGCGGCGCGGGAAGUGGCGGCGGCGGCGGCGGCGGCGGCGGCGGCGGGGUGGGUGUCGCCGGGCUGCUAGUAGGUUCAGCCGGCGUUGGGGGCGACCCUAGCUUGAGCAGCCUGCCGGCCGGGGCCGCCCUCUGCCUCAAAUACGGCGAAAGCGCGAGCCGGGGCUCGGUGGCCGAGAGCAGCGGCGGCGAGCAGAGCCCCGACGACGACAGCGACGGUCGCUGCGAGCUCGUGCUGAGGGCCGGAGUAGCCGACCCGCGGGCCUCCCCGGGAGCGGGAGGUGGUGGCGCGAAGGCAGCCGAGGGCUGCUCCAAUGCCCACCUCCACGGCGGCGCCAGCGUCCCCCCGGGGGGCCUGGGCGGCGGCGGCGGCGGGGGUAGCAGCAGCGGUAGCAGUGGCGGCGCCGGCGGUGGCGGUGGCGGCAGCGGCGGUAGCAGCAGCAGCAGCAGCAAGAAAUCCAAAGAGCAAAAGGCGCUGCGGCUUAACAUCAAUGCCCGAGAGCGCCGGCGGAUGCACGACCUGAACGACGCGCUGGACGAGCUGCGCGCGGUGAUCCCCUACGCGCACAGCCCCUCGGUGCGAAAGCUCUCCAAGAUCGCCACGCUGCUGCUCGCCAAGAACUACAUCCUCAUGCAGGCGCAGGCCCUGGAGGAGAUGCGGCGCCUAGUCGCUUACCUCAACCAGGGCCAGGCCAUCUCGGCUGCCUCCCUGCCCAGCUCGGCGGCUGCAGCGGCAGCAGCUGCUGCCCUGCACCCGGCGCUCGGCGCCUACGAGCAGGCAGCCGGCUACCCGUUCAGCGCCGGACUGCCCCCGGCUGCCUCCUGCCCGGAGAAGUGCGCCCUGUUUAACAGCGUCUCCUCCAGCCUCUGCAAACAGUGCACGGAGAAGCCUUAAACACACCCCCGAAAAACACAAGACCGACCCAAAAUCUAGAGGAAAGCGAAAAGCUGCUCCCCACCCCCUUUAUUUUGGUCCUCUCGUAGUUGUGAAACACUUGCAGAGCAAACAAAGCAGAGGCAAGAACUGAGGAGAAGUAUCAGAGACAAACGGGACUUUUAGCCUUGACAUCCCCAGAAUCUCGGUCUUUGCGGUGGGGAGGGAGGGAGGAGGGAGGUGGAGUUGGGAUGGAGUAUGGAUGUCUUUUUUUUUUCUCAGAAAAGUGGCAACUUUGGUGGCAGCCUAGACCGCGAGGAAGUGGAAUCUUCCUUAAAGGUGAAAAAUAAGUUGAGAAGUUGCGCUUGGUUAUUAAGCCUGGAGAGUGUUUGAAUGGAAAAAUACUAAUCCUACUAAUAAUUGUGGAUUUGGUUAGUGCUGAGGGGGAGAGGAGGAGUUAGGGGUUGGGUAGCAUGAGAGAUGGAAUAUUCAUUCAGACAAAUCAGAAAGGGCACUUGAAAAUAAAUUUUGAUUCUGAGCCAGGAGAAAAACUUGAAAUGUUGACUUAAGUGAGGGGGAAAUAAAACCCAGAGAGAGAGAGAGAGAGAGAGACAUGUUGCUAUGAAAGACUUGUAUUUUUUAUUGUCUCUGAACUUUAAUCCUGUGAAAAUGCUCAAAGUUUUGGCGAGAGUGAUAUAAAAAAACUGACUGUGGCUGAAAGAAUUGCAUUUAAAAAUAUUUAUGUGCACCUUGUUACUUUCUACUCUGCAAUGAUGUAUUAACAAUUCAUGGUAUUUAUUUGUUAUUCUUCAAUGACCCUUCCACAUCACCAGUAUUUAUCAUGUGUUAAGGUCAUGGGUCUUAUGUGCAGAUUUUUUUAAUGCCUCUAAAAUUGUUUUAUAGAUUACUUAUACUGUGUGCCAAGUGUUUAAAGGUUUAUUUGCCAACAAGUAUGAAGAGAAAUAUUGAUGUAUCUGAGCUGCUUAGGUUUAUGAAAGGUCACCUGGAUAUUUUCAGUUGCAUCAUCCCUGUAUUUAAAUUGAGCUUUAAUAAAUUGCUUCAGUCCAAAAAUUACAGGAAAGGUGUAUUCUUAAUUGAUGAAUGAAUUGAUCUCUUUUUUGAAAGGGGACUCCUUUACAUUCCAAAAGGGAAAAACAUCACAGCAAUAGAUCCUAUACGUAAGAACAUGCUAAGCAAAUAUUUUUCCAGGCUGUGCUGUGCAUUUUUAAAAGGUCUAAUUUAAUUGCUUUUAAUAUAUAUGUACAUAUAUAAGUUAUUUUAACUGUGGAGAAUUAUUUAAGUUAAAAGACUGGUUUGAUUUGCCUAUGGUGUGAAAUCCUUUGUUAUUUUUCUAAAAAAAUAAAAUUUAAAAAGAAAUAAAAUAAAACUAAGGAAGAACAAGAAGCUAUUUACCCAAAGUGAGCUUUCAGUUUUAGUUUUGCAUGGCUGUUUGACUGCCUUUCCGCCCUAUGAAAAUCAAGAAAAUCUUUUUAAAAAAUGGAGUCCUGCUAUUUUCCACUCCUUGCAGAUAAUACAAAUUCAGUUUGUCAGGUUGGAUGGUGAGUUGGGAGCUGUGAUGGAUCUGUUGGCGGGUUUUGGAUGUGUAAAGAAUGAUAUAUAUAUUAAAUAGGUCAAUCAGACUAUGACAGCUAUGUAUGACCAUUUGUAUGUGUAUCUAUGUCAGAAAGAAUCUUUAUUAAAAUAUUUUGAUCAAA